CUCUCAUUUUCCCUCCCAAUCUCUUCCCUCUCUCUCUCUGUCUCCUCUCUGUACCGCACUUUCCAAACCCCACUUUUCUCUCUCCUCCUCCAAAAAAAAACCCACUUUACUUCUACUUAAAAACAUCACCCCAAAAUAACUCCAUUAAGAUUCCUCAAAAACCCAUUUCCUUUUUCUUUCUUUUUUUAAAUUUAUAGCAGCAGCAAUGCGUUCGAUUUUGUGUUUGAGCAUUGCUGCUCUGUUAUUCACCAUUGUUGUUGCAGAAGAUCCUUACAGAUUCUUCAACUGGAAUAUCACUUAUGGCGACAUUUACCCUCUUGGUGUUCGCCAACAGGGUAUUUUGAUUAAUGGGCAGUUUCCAGGUCCAGAUAUUCAUUCAGUUACUAACGAUAAUCUCAUCAUCAAUGUCUUCAAUAGUCUUGACGUUCCUUUCCUUCUUUCAUGGAAUGGAAUUCAGAACAGGAGGAACUCCUAUGAAGACGGUGUGUAUGGAACAACUUGCCCAAUUCCCCCAGGAAGGAACUUCACUUACAUGCUCCAAGUUAAAGAUCAAAUUGGUAGUUUCUAUUACUUCCCUUCUCUCGCAUUCCAUAAGGCUGCUGGUGCAUUCGGAGGCAUCAGAAUCCUUAGCAGGCCCAGGAUUCCUGUUCCUUUCCCUGACCCUUCUGGUGACUACACUGUUCUCAUUGGUGAUUGGUACAAGUCUAACCACACUGAUUUGCAAAAUAUCCUUGACAAUGGUCACAAGCUUCCUAACCCUGAUGGAAUCUUGAUUAAUGGCCGGGGAAGUGGUGCUACAAUCAAUGUAGAGCAAGGGAAGACUUACAGACUGAGGAUCUCCAAUGUGGGCUUGCAGAACUCACUCAACUUCCGUAUUCAAGGCCACAAGAUGAAGCUUGUGGAAGUUGAAGGAACCCACACCCUUCAAACCACCUUCUCCUCACUUGACGUCCAUGUAGGACAGUCCUACUCUGUGCUCAUCACUGCUGAUCAACCACCUAGGGACUACUACAUUGUAGCUUCAUCCCGUUUCACCAAUCCUGUACUUACAACAACCGGUCUCCUUCGCUAUUCCAACUCUGGAGGCUCGGUCCAAGGCAAAAUCCCUGGCGGUCCCACAAUCCAGAUUGACUGGUCCUUAAAUCAAGCCCGUGCUGUGAGGAGCAAUCUUAGUGCAAGUGGACCAAGGCCAAACCCACAAGGGUCUUACCAUUAUGGUAUGAUAAACACUACUAGGACUAUUAGGUUACAGAAUACUGCAGGACAAGUAAAUGGGAAGCAGAGGUAUGCUGUUAACAGUGUGUCAUUCAUUCCUGCUGAUACUCCCCUUAAGCUAGCAGAUUACUUUAAGAUUGGUGGAGUUUUUAGUGUGGGGAGCAUCCCCUCCAACCCCACUGGCUCAGGGAUCUACCUUGCUACUUCUGUCAUGGGUGCUGACUACAGAAACUUCAUUGAGAUUGUUUUUGAGAACACUGAAGAUAUAGUUCAGAGCUGGCAUCUAGAUGGUUACAGCUUCUUUGUUGUUGGAUUGGAUGGGGGAACAUGGUCAGCAGCCAGCAGAAACCAGUACAAUCUUCGUGAUGCACCUUUCCGUUGCACCACACAAGUGUAUCCAAAUUCAUGGACCGCGAUCUAUUUGCCACUGGACAAUGUGGGUAUGUGGAAUCUGAGGUCAGAGUUUUGGGCGAGGCAGUACUUAGGACAACAAUUCUACCUCAGAGUGUAUACACCAUCAACGUCUCUAAGGGAUGAGUAUCCAAUUCCCAGAAAUGCUCUUACCUGUGGAAGAGCAGCAGGCAGGCGCACAAGGCCUUUAGUUUAGCUACUUAUGUGAGUUUGGGGUAACUUAUAGUAUAAUCAUAAUUAGUUUGGUUAAAACGAAGCAAACAGAUAAGCAAACCUUUUGCUUUGAUUUGCAUUAGAUUCUUUCCGGUGCUACAUUAGCACCACUUAGUCCCACAAUGAGGCUUGUAUUAUUAGUAGCACCUAUAUUUUCGUUGAUACGACCUCCUCUCAAGGUCGCAUUCUUUCAAAUUAAUAAUAUAAUAUUGUUCUUCAAA